AUGGACGGUGUUUCUGUUGCCAGUGGUGUGGCCGGCCUCAUCACACUGGCCCUGCAAGUGAGUGGCACGGUAGUAGUAUAUGUCAACUCCAUCAAGGAACGGUCCAAGAACAUUCAAGAAUUGCACAAUGAGCUCCUACUACUUGGAGAGGUCCUCAGUGGCUUGCGUGACUUUUUGGAGAGCGAACGAGCCAAGCAGACCACGUUCGGGACCAACUCUGUAUUACAGAAAGCCAUCGUGGACUGUCGGACCAGAAUUGAACGUAUUGGAGACAGAUUGGAGACUUCUCAUGGUGGGAAGGUCGCUCGAACCCUGGAAAAGCUCAAGUGGCCUUUCGAGCACAAGGAAGUGGCACAGAUGGUGGAAAACUUGCGACGAUAUACGCAAACAUUCCAGUUCGCUCUCACCAUUGAAGGGUGUAAUCUUCUGUCCCAAACGUCCGAUGAUGCGACGAAAGGGCUGCAGAAGAUGCUGGAGGAGUCAAAGAAAAUCCGUGAAUUGUCAGCUCAAAUCGGCUUGUCGACUGAAGAAGUAUCGAAACGCGCCGUCCAACUUGAACAGAUCAUUGCACUCGUACCCAUGCUCACCAGGACCGCGACGGAAGUGACCGAGAUUGCACAAGCCACUCGCCUGGCGGAACUGAGGGAACAAGAGAGGAGAACGAGCGACAUAUUAGAUUGGUUGGCGCCAGUCACUGCGCUUCACAAGCACCGAGAUCUACAACUCAGAAGGGCACCUGGCACUGGCAAAUGGUUUCUGGAGCAUCCAGACUUUUUGAAUUGGGCAGAUGAACGCACAGCGGCUGAACAUGAUCUCCUUUGCCUCGGUGGUCCGGGUGCUGGCAAAUCUGUUCUCUGCUCCCUUGUCAUCGAUCAUCUUCGCGAGAAGUUCAAGGACCGAGGGAUUGCUGUUGCCUACUACUACUACGACUACUCAGAGCAGCAAUCACAAACCUCAUCUCAUUUUGCCCGGUCACUUCUUCGCCAACUCUGCUCAAAUGGCGGCAUUGUCCCUUCCAUGGUCGCCGACUUCUAUCAGCGGACGAGGAAUGAUGUCAAAGACCAGACUUGGUUCCAUGAUCUGCUGGUAGUCCUGCGUCGGGUGGUCGCCACAGUCGACUGCUGCUUCAUCGUUGUCGAUGCCCUCGAUGAAGCCGACAUCCACAGCCAGCGAACCGGGUUGUUCGAGGUCUUGGAUGCGCUCAGGCAAUCGCCAGGUGGUGCAGUAAAAGUUCUGACCACUUUGAGACCACACGUGCUCAGUCUGGAAGGCAAGUUCCACGAUCCUGUAACAAUUGAGAUCAUAGCAGACCGUGGCGACCUUCGAAGAUUUCUAGAUCAAACAAUUCAAGACACCCCGGAUUCUGAAUAUACAAUGGACGACGAGCUCAGAGACCAGGUCCUGACCACUUUGUGUGACACGGCAAAUGGCUUGUUCCUACUUCCCGCACUUCAAAUUCGAACCAUUCUUGAUCAGAUCACCAAAGCUGAUGUGAGAAGGACAUUGAAGCAUCUGUCCACAAACCUGACGGAAGCAUUCCAAUCGACGAUGGACAGAAUAUCCAACCUUUCCAAGACAAGACAAGAUCUGGCGUUUCGGACGCUAAUGUGGGUGUCGCAUGUUCGAAGACCUCUAAUCAUAACGGAGCUGCAACAUGCCAUGGCUCUCCGUGUGGGGGACAGCGAUGUUGACAGGGACAAUAUCCCUUCACUCAGGGCUCUACUCGACUGCUGUUGCGGCCUUGUAGAGGUGGAUCACGAGAGCUCAGUCGUACGUCUGGUCCAUCAUUCUCUCGAGGAGUAUCUUCGUGAGCACGACCAUGGUCUUUUCAAGAACGCAGAUCUCCAGAUUACCCGCAUUUGCCUGAGGUAUCUGAGCUUGACGCCUCUCAAACAGAUCCCCUUCAAGAGCCGGUCCAAUUUCACAACGACCAUCGAGGACUUUCCGUUACUGGAAUAUGCUACCCUCGAAUGGGGCAAUCAUGCGCACGAGACUCCCGUUGAAUACAUUACAGACUUGGCAAUCCCUUUGCUGUCGGAUAGUCUGUCUCUGAUCAGUAUGGCUAGGGUCCGCGAUUACCGCAAAGCGUUCCCCUAUUGGAAAUCCCGGGCUUGGGCAUGGGCUUACUCUGGUGGUGCUGGUAUCUCCAUCGCUGCAUCGUUUGGACUGACGGGUCUCUUGAGGAUAUUGAUCGAAAAGAACAAACAGAAUCUUCGCCUGGAUACUCGGAACCUCCACGGGAACACGCCCCUUCACGAAGCGGCCCUCUUUGGGCAUGAGGAGGUUGCCGAGCUGCUCCUGGAGAACGGAGCAAACACGCUCAUCACCAACUACAGUCAAAGCACUCCAUUGUUUCUGGCAGUAGCGUAUGGCCGACUGACCAUGGUGAACCUACUACUCCGACACGGCCGCCCGCAACUCGACGUCCGAGGCCCUAAAGGUUUCACUGCGUUACACAAAGCUGUGGAGCAAGGAAACGAAGAGAUAGUGGCUGUUCUACUGCAAGCCGGAGCAUUGGUAGCGACGCGAGACAGUCAAGGGAUGACGGCUUUACAUCACGCUGCGCUCCGUGGUAAUCUCUCUCUUGCAAGACUGCUGGUUCUCGCAGGGGCCUUCGUCCAUGUCACGGACAAGGAAGGACUAUGUCCGCUCGACUACGCUGCUACUGGAGGAUACACCGAGCUCGUCAAAUAUCUCCUGCAGAAUGGCGGCAGUAUGUCACAUAAAGGGAAGAGUGCAUGGACGCCGCUUCAUCGUGCAGCAAGAGGAGGGCAUACGGAGACGGUCGCGUUUUUGCUCGAACAGAACGCCGACAUACUUGCAGCGGAUAUAACAGGUAAUAUUCCUGUCCACCUUGCUGUGCGAUCUGGACGCAUCGCAACAGUUCAGACCCUUCUCGAGCACGACCCAGAUUUGAAGCACGAGCAGAUUUUCACCCGUGAUCGCAAAGGCUCGACACCGCGCGUCGUUGCAUUCUACACAGCUCACUACGACAUCCACAAGUAUCUCCGAGCCGCGGAGUGGGACGUCCUAGGGUACACGCCGAACGAGGCCAGUAAGCUGACAAGAGCGAUCGAACUGGACGACAUAGAAGCCGUGCGCCCUCAUUUAGACGCGCACGCCGACGCCCUCACGCAACCCGACGAGGACGGCCAGCCACCGUUACACGUCGCACUCCAAGAAGCACGCGUCGAAAUUGUCAAACUCCUUCUCCAGCGCGGCGCAUCAAUCGAGGCCGUGGGCUACCAUGGCUGGCGCCCUCUACAUAUCGCUGCGUCGCUGGGGAAUCUUGAGCUUGUCAAUCUAUGUCUCGCCCACAAUGCCGAUAUCGAGACACGCACCAACACCAGCCAGACGCCCUUGCACAAAGCGGCUUCGAGCCACUCUGUCGCCGUGGUGCGCCGGCUCCUCGAAGCCGGGGCAAACCCGUCGGCGACCAACGAACGGGGCAUGACGUCGCUGCAUGUCGCGGCGCACCAGAACGAUAUUGCCAUCGUGCGUCUCCUGGUGCUGGAGUACGGCGUGGACGUUCUAGCCAGAGAUCGUCAGGGCUUGACUCCGGCGCUGUGGGCAGAGCGGUCGGCACAUCUGGCGGUGCAUGCUUUCCUGGGAGCCGCUGAGAAAAAGGCGAAGAUGUGGAAAAAAGGCAGUGUUAGUUCUGUCCCACAACAGGACAGGACUUUGAAUAUGCAGGAACUGGUGGAUGCGUUGGGUGAAACCGAGCUUGAUGAUAAUCAUGAUGACGACGACGACGAUUGA